AUGGAGGGAGAAGUGAUCAGGGAUGACGAUGAGGUUGAGGCCUUGGGGGCUUCCGUUGAUUACGUGGGCCAAACCAUCGAAUCGAGCAAGGUUAAAUACCAAUGGCAUUUCCGCAUCGCGAACUCUGACCAUCGAGUAGAAUUCUUCAAUUCGAAGAUAUCUGGGAGGAAGAAACUGUAUAUGGACGCUAGGCUCAUCCACAUGCAGCAACAGCUGCGUUCUAGUGGCUUCGAGUAUUCUUGGCCUUGCCAGGGCCACCUUCUCUCCCUUAUAUACGAUCCCCGUGCCCAGGCCUUCGCGCUUACCAUCAAUGGACUCCCCUUCCAGCUCUUCUACCGACGUAAGAGCUCCUCAGCGAGUCCUCCUUCCACCGGCGGCGCGGCCUCAGCAACAGAUACAGGAGGCACCUCAUUGGGAGCCCCUAUCUCUGCAUCUGGGGUUCCCACUUCUGAUGAUACUGAGCUUGCGCAGCUUGACGGCGCCUUCUGGUCAGAGCAGCCAGCCACACCAGACUUCCCUACUCCGGCAGGGCCUUCUGAAGAGCCUCACGUGAUGCAGCCCCAACUGCCUCCUCCCAAACCCCUUCCUCCUCAGGGCAGACAGGAUCAGGGGAUUCAUGGCGGCAAGCUGCCUUCGUCGGAGCGAUUACACGGUAGUAGGAGCAGCAGCACAAACCGAUUUGGGGGAGCGUAUCAUCAAAGUAAUUCCGAGAGACCCCCACACGCUUUUCCGAGUCCACGGAGCACCCAGGAAGAGCCCCUCUUUGCGGACCUCAUGGACCUGGCAUCAGACAAACUAAACAUCUCGCUCUCCCCGAGAACGCGCAACGGGCACUCUAAACCAUAA